UAGAUAAUACAGUUCAGAGAGCCAACUACCAAAUCACAACCUUCUCCUUCCCCAACCUGGGGACCUUAAACAACAAUGUCAGUAGUCUGCCUUCUAUACCUUGCCCUCUUUAUACACGCUCAUCAAUCGUUUGCACGUCCGCUAGCACGUAUAUCAGGACCAACCCAAUGGAGAAUGAUCAAGAACUCGACUGAUGGACUUGGAGGAGGAUCUUGCAGAACUGGUAAUCCCAUUGAUGAUUGCUGGAGGUGCGACCCUGAUUGGGAAUCCAACCGAAAAGUGCUAGCUGAUUGUGCGAUUGGCUUUGGAGGAAAUGCCAUUGGUGGUAGAGAUGGUGAAUACUACGUUGUCACAAGAGACGAUGACGAUCCAAAGGAUCCCAGUCCAGGCAUGCUCCGACAUGCAGUCAUUCAAGAUGAACCCCUGUGGAUUAUAUUCGAUCAUGACAUGAACAUCAAACUGAAAGAAGAACUCAUGAUGAACUCAUACAAGACCAUAGAUGGUAGAGGGUUUAACAUUGAAAUAUCAAAUGGACCAUGUAUAACCAUACAAAGUGUGACUAAUAUCAUCAUUCAUGGAAUCUACAUACAAAAUUGUGUACAGGCAGGGAAUGCAGUUGUGACAGAUUCCCCACAUCAUUAUCAGUUGAGAGGCAUAUCAGAUGGGGACGGCAUCUCAGUAUUUGGGGCUCGGGACAUUUGGAUCGACCAUUGUACACUAGCCAAAUGCCAAGAUGGCCUCAUUGACAUAGUGUACGGAUCGACAGCCAUAACCAUCUCCAACAACUACAUGCUUCAACAUAAUGAAGUCAUGCUCAUGGGACACAACGAUGAUUUUGUAGCAGACAAGAAUAUGCAAGUUACCAUUGCUUUUAAUUACUUCGGAGAAGGUCUGGUUCAACGAAUUCCACGGUGUAGACAUGGCUAUUUUCACAUUGUAAACAAUGUAUACACUGGUUGGGAGAUGUAUGCUAUCGGAGGAAGUGCUAAUCCAACAAUCAAUAGUCAAGGCAACGUUUUCAUUGCAUCAGACGAUGAAUCUACAAAGGAGGUGACGAAACGUGAAAUCCCAAAUGGAUCUGCAGAAUGGAAGAAGUGGAACUGGAGAUCGGACGGGGAUUUGCUACUAAAUGGUGCACAGUUUACGCCUUCCGGAAAUGGAACUUCAGGGAGCUACGCAAAAGCUUCGAGCAUGGUCGCAAGACCAGCUUCACUUCUAACAAACAUCAUGCCAUCUGCAGGAGUUCUAAAUUGCAAUAUUGGCCAGAUAUGCUAAAAUCCCAUCAACCAUAUCAUUUAAAAUUUUUAUGGCCAGCAUUUACCUGAAGAACCAUAUAGCUGUAUGCAAUCAAGAACUUGCGCAUUGAAUUGUAACUUUGGCAUAGCAAGAUUCUGCCACAGAAAAUUUCUUUCCCGUUCUAAUUUCUAAACACUCGCAUAAAGGCAUACCUAAAAGAUUCAUGCAAUUGAUCAAAAGAAAUUCAAUUAUAUGCUUUGUGAAAAUACUUUUUAAUUGCUUGUUUGAUACGCAAUAUUAAAU